AGAGACUGCAAUAUGGCGAGAAUGUCUGGCAGCGGAGAUAGCUAUGCAGACACAGAGAGGACAGAAAAUGACCAAAAUAGUUACCUGGUGAGAAGCGAUGAUGAGGAUGAUGAUAUCCAGGAAAUCCAGAUAACGGGGGACGAGGAGGAUGAAGACGAAUUAGAGGAUAUCGGACUGGAAUGGGAGGCAGAGAGUGAGGACCAUGAGAACGGUUGCAUUAUGGAAACGGAAGCGGUCCUUAUGCGGAGUACAGACCAGGGGAGUGAGUUGUACUCGGAGGCGGACGCAUUUCACAUCUCUGGACUGGACUCGUACCUGGAAUCGGAUCUGCAGCGCUCAGACCGAUCCAGGCUCAGCGAAAACACUCGUUUAGCCACCAGGUAUGCGGUAAGGAUCUUCCGGGAAUACCUUAGUGAGAAAUCACAAAGUCCCGACUUUGAGAAUAUGGACAAGGAAGCGCUGUGCAAGGUGCUGAGGUCUUUCUAUGCAGAGGCACGCUCAAAAAGUGGGCAGCUGUACAGCAAGUCGUCUCUGAUCAGCAUUAGGAGUUCAUUGAACAGGUACCUGAACGAGCCGCCUUACUGUCGCACUUUGGAUCUGACUAAAGACAUCGAGCUCAGGAGUGCUAACCUGACACUGGCAGCGGUGAUCCGAAAGCUGGAAGAGCAAGGCGCAGGUCCUGUCGUGCAGAAGCAAGCAAUCACCCGGGCUGAUUUGAGAAAACUGUACACCUCCAAUGUGUUUAACACAAACACGCCUUUCGGCUUGCUCAAUAAAGUGUGGUUUGAAACAUGCAUGUAUUUCUGCACCAGAGGCAGAGAGAAUCAGAGAGAGUUAGAUGAGGACUCUUUCGGCUUGGCAGUAGAUGAGGAUGGGAGAAAGUUUGUGUACUUUAAAGCACUCGGGCCCUACCAUAAAUCCAGGUCAGCGUCUUGGAGUAAAAAGAGGACAGACUCUGAUGAGGAUAACUUACCUCGCAUGUACGAAACUGGAACGGAGUUCUGCCCUUAUGCCAGUUUUGUGAAAUACAUUUCCAAGCGGAACCCGCUUUGCAAGGCUUUCUUUCAGAGGCCGAGGGAUCAUUGCAGUGAGAGCGACGUGACUUGGUAUGAAAACAAAGCGAUUGGCAAAAAUCUGCUGGGUACCAGGAUGCAAAUGUUAUCCAGAUCUGCCAAGCUGUCAAAGACUUAUACUAACCACUGCAUCGGCGCUGUGUCUAUCGCAACUCUAAACAGCAUAGCUGGCAUUGGGACAAAGUUAUUGACUAGUCAAAUUGCUCCGGAGACGGUCAGUGGGACCCAAUAUCAUUUCCAGCUAGUGGCCCCUUUUGUGCAGCAGGUUGAGGAUGGGAACAUGUUAAUUAAACCAUCGGCAGCUACCAAGCGAACACUGUAUGAGCCUGGCUACCCCGCUGAAGUGACUGGUGGGUCCUCUCCGAAAAGGAUGUGUGUGCGCCGUUCUGAGCAGCACGUGGACACGCCUGUUGUGAUUUCAGCAAAAGCUGACCCACAAGUUGCUCCUGCUGCCGCUGUUGCUGUUGCCGCCGAGUCCAAUGGACACGCUGGGACCCCUUCUCCUGCCAUUGUACUACCUGUGCAGGAUAACCGAGCCAAUAUGUCCAGACCCAUGAUAACCAGGUCUCCUGCAUCUCCUUUGAGCAACCAGGGUAUCCCGACAUCUGCACAGCUCACCAAGUCCAAUGCACCAGUUCAUAUUGACGUGGGCGGCCACAUGUACACCAGCAGCCUGGCAACACUCACAAAGUACCCAGAGUCCAGAAUUGGCCGUCUCUUCGAUGGCACAGAGCCUAUUGUCCUGGACAGUCUCAAACAACACUACUUCAUCGACAGAGAUGGGCACAUGUUCAGAUACAUUUUAAAUUUCCUUAGGACCUCCAAACUUCUUAUUCCUGAUGACUUUAAAGACUACAGCCUCCUGUAUGAAGAGGCGCGGUACUUCCAGCUGCAGCCCAUGCUGGUAGAGCUGGAGCGCUGGAAGCAGGAUCGGGAGCUGGGGCGUUUCUCCCGCCCCUGCGAGUGCUUGGUGGUGCGGGUGGCACCAGACCUUGGCGAGAGAAUCACUCUGAGCGGAGACAAGUCCCUCAUUGAGGAGGUCUUCCCAGAGAUUGGUGACGUCAUGUGCAACUCUGUCAACGCUGGCUGGAACCACGACUCUACGCAUGUCAUACGAUUCCCGCUCAAUGGCUACUGCCACCUCAACUCUGUGCAGGUUCUCGAGAGGCUGCAGCAGAGAGGGUUCGAGAUUGUGGGUUCCUGUGGUGGGGGAGUGGAUUCCUCGCAGUUUAGCGAAUACGUUCUACGGAGGGAAAUCAGGAGGGCACAGCGUGGCCCCUCUGUCAUCCGGAUAAAGCAGGAGCCUCUGGACUAAACAGAAAAAACUGAUGUGCUCCGCUUCAAAGAGCAUGAGACAUUUCACAGGCAGCCAGUACGGAACAUAAAGCGGGCUCCUUUUAUUUUAUUUUUAAUUUGCAGACUGAUUGAAAUAAGAGAACUAAUAGGAGAAAUGGCAUUUUUGGAACAACUCGUGAAAUUAUGAAUUUUUUUAAGUUUUGGGAUUAAGAGCUGACAAAGGCAUGCCCUGAAUUAUAAAUACUCCAGUAUUUUAAAAAAAAUAAAUAAAUAAAAUUGAAAAAAGUUUGUUUUAAAACUUUGAGACAAAUACAAUUCUAAUUGGGCAUCUUGCAGAAAUCACACUGCAAGCAAUGAAGCACAAUCAGAACAUACUGUUGGUAUGUGUACAGUCCAAAUAAAUACACUUUGCAUUUUUGACUACAUUACUUUGUCUUGUGUGACCGCUAAAACACAUUGCCAGCAAAACUAAACUUGCUCUGGAAACCUUAUCUGGGAAAACUAGGAUCUUAAGUUUUAGUAGAGCCUACCUUUUUUUUUCUAGGGGAGCAAAGCAGUUUUAUAUUAUACUUUUAUUGGGUAAAAAAUAGAUUUUCUUGAAACCAUGGGUUUUAGAACAUUAAUAAAAUUGAUUAGGCUUGUAAUACUGAAAGGGGAACUGAAUAUAUGCCAGACUAGGAAAGCUAUGUAGAGAUAUAUAAAAUAAAUGAAUAACAUACAUCUGUACGGAGUAUAUGUAAUGCAAGAUUAUUCUACUUAGUGCUGAAAGGAUAUUUCUUGCAUAAAAUGUGUAACUUCCUUAAAAUGGUUGUAGAUAAAAGUAAUUGCAAUACCUUACCUGUCGUACACUUCCAUUCGAUUUCGAUUCGAGUUCUAGUAAAUCUGAUACUACAAUUCAACACGUCUUUGUUUGCAAGCCUUUCUUUAAGGUAGUUUUGUCAGAUCCUUGGAUAUUUCACCUGGCGAGUGAAAUUUAACCCUAUUGACUGACGUGCUUUGCAGCCAAUAAAAUGCUUUAAUGUCGAAGACACUGCUAAGGUGAAAUGGCCUAGGAAGUGAACAGACUUCUUGAAGUAUGGCAAACAACUCUCUUUAACCUUGUAAGAAAUGUUUUAAAAUGAAGAUUCGUGUUUGCUAUAAAAUAGGUUUCCUUUAAGACUGGACAUUUGACACUUAGUUGGCAAAUAGAAGUGCAUGGCAGGUUGUUGCAGUGCAAGAAAGUUACUUGUGCUCUGGAGGUCUUACACAGUCCUCUUGGGUCUUAAAAUUAUCACUCCUAUUCUGUUUAGUGGGAUAAUUAUCAGUACACAAUAAAGAUUCAUUAGAUAACCUCUGUUUAUUGUGUUAGUUGCAACCACUUUAAUCCUCAGUGAAAUAAGAUGAAGUAUUCUGGAAGAAGCUAAAGAUAAUAUUGCAGUAGAAAUAUAAAUGCAUAUUUGUGGCCAGUUUAAAA